CUAUGUGAAUUCUCGCCACAUUAUUCGUUGAAUUCACCUGUCAAUAUCCGUGACUGGAGAACAUAAUUGGCCCAGGGUGAUCGAUGUGCCGUUUUCCCGCCUCGUUGGCCAUGUCCCACUUCUAUUGGUCAGUUCUCUUGUCGCUCUGGCCUCUGAAACAGACGAUUGGCACAAACUCUAGGGCUGUCCCACCCCCCAGGAAGGGGCACGCUCGGGGCCGCUUGGCGCCGGCGCAGUGCAGGUGUUGGCUGCGGCGGUGGCGCGCGGCUGUCGCUGCUGAGGAGAGCGGCCGGGCCGCGCUGCGGAUGGAGCCGCUGCAGAAUGGCGGUGGCAGCCCCGAGGCGGCGGCGGCGAGCGGCCCGGAGGAGAAGCGGCGGCGGGAGCCCGUCCCUUCGUGGCGGCGGCGCAGCAGCUGCGGGGCCGGGGCGGACGCUGACAGCGGGGCAGGGCCCCACCCCCGCGAGCGGGGCGGUUCCGUGUCCCGCCAGCGCCUCGACUCCCUCCGCAAGAGCCGCCCGCUCUUUCCAUGGUUUGGCUUGGAUAUUGGAGGAACCUUGGUCAAGCUUGUUUAUUUUGAACCAAAAGACAUCACUGCUGAGGAGGAGGAGGAGGAAGUGGAAAAUCUUAAAAGUAUCCGAAAAUACCUGACCUCAAAUGUAGCCUAUGGAUCUACAGGCAUUCGGGAUGUGCACCUGGAACUAAAGGACCUUACCCUGUGUGGACGUAAAGGCAAUCUGCACUUUAUACGCUUUCCUACUCAUGACAUGCCUGCUUUUAUUCAAAUGGGCAGCGAAAAACACUUCUCAAGUCUCCACACUACCUUAUGUGCCACGGGAGGUGGAGCGUACAAAUUUGAGCAGGACUUUCGCACAGUGGGUGACCUUCAACUUUGCAAACUAGAUGAACUUGACUGCCUUAUUAAAGGAGUUUUAUACAUUGACUCAGUUGGAUUCAAUGGAGAUUCAGAGUGCUACUACUUUGAAAACCCAACUGAUUCUGAAAAAUGUCAGAAGCUCCCAUUCAACUUGGAGAAUCCAUAUCCUCUCCUCUUGGUGAACAUUGGCUCAGGGGUCAGCAUCUUGGCUGUGUAUUCCAAAGACAAUUAUAAGCGGGUAACUGGGACCAGUCUUGGAGGAGGAACAUUCUUUGGUCUCUGUUGUCUUCUUACUGGCUGCUCCACCUUUGAAGAGGCUCUUGAAAUGGCAUCCCUGGGAGACAGCACAAAAGUGGAUAAACUGGUGCGGGACAUCUAUGGAGGGGAUUAUGAGAGAUUUGGACUGCCAGGAUGGGCAGUAGCAUCCAGCUUUGGGAAUAUGAUGAGCAAGGAGAAGAGAGAGUCUGUCAGUAAAGAGGACCUGGCAAGAGCAACUUUAAUAACCAUCACCAAUAACAUUGGCUCCAUAGCACGGAUGUGUGCACUUAAUGAGAACAUUAAUCGGGUGGUUUUUGUUGGCAAUUUCCUGCGGAUCAAUACAAUCUCAAUGAGGCUUCUAGCAUAUGCUUUGGAUUAUUGGUCCAAGGGGCAGCUGAAAGCACUUUUCUUGGAACAUGAGGGUUAUUUUGGAGCAGUUGGUGCUUUUCUGGAGCUUUUGAAUUCAACCUGAAUCAUUACAGAGCCUGCACAUUGGACAUAAAUUGCAGGAGCUUCUACUCUAUUGGAACGCCCGCAUUUAUUUAGCUUUUUUUAAAGCAUCUGUUAAGUGACUAUUACAGUAAUUGUACAUGACCUAAUCAUUGCGGAAAAGGAAAGGACAAAUGAAUUUUUUGUAAACAGAUAAAAGUAAUCCUGAAUCUUAAUGUAGAUUAGUUAAUAAGAAGAAAUAUAUUCUGAGCAGCAGUUUUUAUUAUAAUCUGCUACACGUGUUGAGAUAGUGUGGGAAGGUGUGAGAUGGGGAUAGUUUAAUGUGAGACGUUUGCUAUCCUGUUCUCAUAAGACUUCUUUUUAAAAUGCCAAGUGUCUACAUUGUUAACUAUUUUAUAUUUCACUUGCAAUGUUUGUACAUAUGGGAUUGAAGGACUUUAAGUAUUUGUGGUAGUAUUGAAUAGUGUAUUCUUUAGAAAUGAAAAUUAUCAAAACAGAAUCCAGAAAGAGAUAAAAACUAACCUUUUUCCAAAAGUCCUUGUUUUUUGUCCUCUUCUGAACACUAUAGUGGCCUGUAAAAACAUCAUCCUACAAUCAGUAAUGGCUUAUUUUCUUGCAAGACAGUCACUGUGCAUAUACACUGUUAGAGAAACAAGAAGUAAGGAUUAAAUCUUUUCUGGGUCUUGCUUUCUGUAAAACUGCGUAGCAGCUUCCUGUCAUCUGCACCCUGGUGACUCCUUAUAAGUUUAACAGAAACUCCUCUGGAUGUGAGGGUCAAACCCUUAUAAUGUAGUCUUAGCAACAUGCAGUGGUUAUCUCACUUGAAACCCACUAAGAGUAAAUUUAAGAAUAUUUAUAACUGGUGUGUUACUUUUUUUUUUUUUAAAGAAUUUUAUGUAACUGUACCAAAAAUGAUGAUGAUGCUAUUCCUGAUAUACGCAGGCUGUUCUGUAUAACUUAAUAUUCUGUAGAUGUUUAGUAACUAGAUAACAACAACAAACGUAAUCCAGAUUCAGGAAGAAAAUCAAUCUUCUUUCCACAUCAGCAUUAGACAGACAGACACCCCCCCACCCCCCCCCCCGGGUGUGCGUAUUCCUGCAGAACCCAAACACUUCAUUGCCACGGUUUCAGAUUCUCGAAGACAUUGACCUUUCAAGAUGUUAAACUAGAAGAUGUUCUGUGAGAGAACAUUCCUUCCAUGCACAAUAGGUUAAGCAACAUUGGCAAUAGGCUACCCUUAAAAGAGCUGUUUGAAACAAGCAUGUAGCUCAUAAACUAGCCUUUUGUCUGGAGUAAUUGUCAGGUUCCAGGGUCCCUCAUAUCCUUGGAGCUAUAGUCUUGGGCUACUAAUCUGAACAAAAUGUCUACUGGGAGGUUAUAAAUGCUCUCCCUCCUCUAUGGAUGAUACUAGAUAUUUCAGUAUAAUUUGACUGCAGGGGGUUGGAAGCAGUUGCCCCUUAAAAGCUACUGCAUCUUAACUAGUUAACUGAUGUUAACUAGUGUUGCUGCUGCUGCAGUUUUCUGGAAAAUGGUAAUAUGGCUUUUCUGCUAAAUAGCUCAACUAGAUGUAGAAACCCGGUUCAGACAAGAAGAUUGAAUACCAUAUCUGGUGAAUAGAUAGCCGGGAUAGAUUCUCGGCUAGUAUAAAUGGUCAUAGCUCCACUUGAUUUCAGUUUACACCAGAUGGGGAAUCUGCCCCAGAGUCUUUAAAUAACUUGUCCUUUUUAGGAUUUAGUAGAUUAAUGCAUCGGCCUCCUUAUAUUUGGGUUCAUAUUUGCAGUGGAUCUCAAAUGAAAGCUCUUUGGUCUUAUAUAGGCCCUGGUGGAUAUUUUUUGAUCACGGCAUAAAAAAAACACACAAGUCUGAUAGUUUGACAUGAUUAGUAAUCCUGAGUUGAAAUAGUUCAAAAUUAAGGUGUAGUAGCAGAGCUGUGGGAUCGGUGGGGGUUGUUUUAGGGCUUGAUCCUGCAAUCUGCAGACAUCACCUGCAAGGUACUGUGUGUCCCUUUAACUCCCACUGCAAUCUAUGAGAGCUGAGUGCUCACAGGAGGUGCUCUUCACCUUGCAGGAUUGCUCCCACAGUGUGUCUGUAUUACGAGCUUGGGAUGAGAAAUAACUGGAAGUUGAGAGUGCCUGGGUUUUUCACAAGAUCAGAUCAUUUGUUUUAUUUACUAAAGGCAGUGCUGUUAGCUACAUUGCUGUAUGAAGCACUAAAUGCCACCAGGUUUGUUGUAAAAUAAUGUAUUUUUAGAACUUAUUCAAGAAAUUCCAGCCUCAGCAAUCUAGUUGCAGACAAAAUUGAUGAUCUAACAUCGGAUGAGAGAAUCUGGAGCCUCUAAAUCUCUUCAGCUAUAUUGGUACAUAUGAAGGACUGUACCAUUCAAGAGAUUCAGCUGCUAGUUCUCCACUGUACACCAGAGUCCUUUUCACCUUUUCUGCAAAGAAGGCAAUCUUCCCAGAUAAGUGGAAAAAUAAGUAACUACUUAGAAAAAUUGCAUUAGCUUUUUAAGCGUAAUAUUGCUAACUUCGAUCAUGCAGUGAUCUGCGUUCAAAAUUUGAAUUAAGCUACUUUUGGAGGUGCGUGUUUGAGGAGACAAUAUUUCAUGACUAGGAUCUUGGAUUUGUGCUUUAUUAUGAUAUCCCAGUAAAGAUAUGAUAAUACCAGAUUGGUUUAGAAAUAAAUCAUACCUAACAUACCUAGUUCCAGAUGUAGUAGAACUUAGAUUGUAAGCUCCUUGGGGCAAGGCUGUUUUCUAUGCCAUGUUCUGUAUAAUGCUCAGCAAAUUUUUGAUGCUCAGUGAAUUUAGACAACUUCUGCAACUUGCUUGGUCACACAACCUUAACUGGAAUUACAGUCCUUGCUUCAGCUUUGGUCUAGAAUGCAGAUGAAAUUCUUAUUGCCUUCAUCUGUUAGGUUUAAGUCUACCCCUGUGCAGACCCUUUGUACCAUUGAACCCCUUAUUUUGAGGUAUAAGAUGCAGUGAGCGAGUGUGGGCCCUCUGCAUUGCUGAAUGUGAGAUUUGAAUGAUGCAAAUGGCGUCAUUUGGAAUCCCAAUGCAGAGGUGAAUUCAUACACUUAGUGUUUUAGCAGCAGGAACAAAGGACCUACACUGGACCUCUCAGAGAUUAACAUACAUAAAUGUUGGUUACAGGAAAGCGGCUUAUCUUUCUAUAGCAAUUACUUGGAGCAUGGUCGUGAGUUAAAGGGUGAUGAAAGAGGCUAUGUGACAAUGCUUUCAUAUGGGCUUGUGUGCAAAUGGAACCUGUGGAGGGAAGAGAAAGGUACAUAAAUUCUGCAGUAAGCUAUCUGGCCUAAAAUCAGGUCAUGUGCCAUGUUGCAGGUGUGCACAUGCCAAACCUUGGAACUGAAACUGGAGUAAAUAAGCAAGCCAUCUAGUGUCUUGGGAUUUCCCCUUUCUUGGCUGCUUUUCCCCCAGUCACUCCAUUUACAUGUAUAUGUAAGAUGUGUUUGGGUUUUUUUUGGGGGGGUGGGUGUAAAAAUAGAACCUGCAGUUGUGGUUUGCUUAAACACGGAACUCACCUUUGUGGUGAUGUGGGGUUUUUUUAAUUUGUUUUGGUAAAACUUUUUUAAAUUUUUCUUUGGAUAAAAUAUAAUUAUUUGUAUAUA